UGGUCUUGUUGACAUGGGGUUUGCUAGACAGAAAACCGCGUACUGUUAUUUUGCAGUUGCUUCAACAGCAUCACAUUCUUCCCUGUCAUAUGUACGGUCCGCACUUGUGAAAGCCGCAGUCCUUGUUACAGUUGCUGAUGAUUUUUUUGACAAGGAAGGUUCGAUGAAUGAAUUGGAAGCUCUUGUCAAGGGCGUCGAGAGAUGGCAGGAAAAAGGACUAGAAGGACAUGGAAAAGCUAUAUUCAAGUCUCUAAAAGAUUUUGUUGAUGACAUUUCUUGGCAAUUCUUCAAACAAAAUGGAUAUGACAUAAAGAGUUAUAUUCAGGAUCUAUGGCAUCAAACAUUUGUAAGCUGGUUAAAGGAAGCAGAAUGGGGCAGAAAUGGGCAUCCCUUGUCAAUUGUUGAGUACCUCCAAGUAGCCACAAGAUCCAUUGCUUCACAGACUAUUAUUCUUACAGCUGCUCUUCUACUUGAUACACCUCCGGGAUUAGAGAUCCUAAAGUCCCCUCAAAGUCAUCCACAUACAAAUUCACUUAUGCUUUUGACACGGCUUUUGAACGAAAUUCAAAGCUAUCAGAGGGAGCAAGAGGAGGGGAAGCCAAACCUUGUUCUGCUACACAUGAAGGGAAAUCCCAAUUUGGGGGCUGAAGAAUCAAUUGGGAUUAUACAGAAGGUAUUGGAUGAAAAGAAGAAAGAGUUUCUAGAACAGGCUCUGGUGAAUAAUGACAUCAAUGGGGAUGAUAUGCCAAAGGCAUGCAAAAAACUCCAUCUCUCCUGCCUCAAAGCCUUUCAUAUGUUUUUCAAUUCUACAAAUGCAUAUGACUCCCCAACAGAAUUGCUUGCGGACAUCAACAAAGCGAUUUAUGAUCCUUUGAGGAUGGAUGCACAAGGAAUAUUAAAGAAGGAUAAACCUAAAAGCUUGGCUAGCUAUGGAAAAUCCCAGACUACUUGUGUUGUGAAAGUCCAAGGGAACUUAAGGAAAGAAUUUGUGGCCAAACCUUACUUUGGAUAUGAGGUCUUGUCACUUAAGCUGACAAAACCAACUAUUUUACGAGAUUUCGGAAUUUCAAGGUUUGCAUCUAUUCCGGCUACUGGGGUUAACACUCUUCCUUUAGCUUCGUGCACUCGUCAUGUUAGUGCAGAAAUAAAUUAUAAAUUAUUUACUUUGUAAAGCAGAUGAAUAAAAAGAUGAGAGUGAAAAAGGCU